AUGAUACGAGUGGCGUGGCGUCGGUCGGCGUCCACAAAUAGCCGCGUGGAGCACGCACGCCGUUUAGCCGCGGCUUUCCUGAGAGCCGAGAGUCCUCAGCAGAACUCCGGGGGUCACGUUAGGUGUUUCAGACUCCUGCACCCACCCGACGAGAGGUCACCGCUCCACCGCCAUCCACGGGCGGCCUGCUACGUCAGCUCAUCCGUCUUCAUGAGCAUGGCGUCCGAGGGGACACCCUCCCCCCCCCACAAGCACACCAACAGGUUGGCCGAGGAGAGGUCGCCCUACCUGCUCCAACACGCUCACAACCCAGUUGACUGGUAUCCAUGGGGACAAGACGCUUUUGACAGAGCAAAGCAUGAAGACAAGCCCAUCUUUCUAUCAGUGGGCUACUCAACGUGCCACUGGUGCCAUGUUAUGGAGAGGGAGUCUUUCGAAGACGAGGAAAUUGGCAAAAUCCUGAGUGACCACUUUGUCUGCGUCAAAGUGGACAGAGAGGAGAGACCCGACGUGGACAAGGUCUACAUGACCUUUGUACAGGCAACGUGCGGCGGCGGAGGUUGGCCCAUGAGCGUGUGGCUGACCCCUGACCUACGACCUUUCAUUGGGGGCACCUACUUCCCACCCACGGACCACGGCAGAAGACCUGGGCUCAAAACGGUUCUCAACCGAAUCAUUGAACAGUGGCAGAACAACCGGCCCGCUCUGGAGUCCACCGGAGAGAGGAUCCUCGAAGAACUGAAGAAAGGCACGGCCGUGGCCGCCAAGCCAGGAGAGAGUCCCCCGCCGGCCCCGGAGGUCGCUAACCGCUGCUUCCAGCAGCUGGCGCACUCCUACGAGGAGGAAUACGGCGGCUUCAGAGACGCUCCGAAGUUCCCCACGCCAGUGAAUCUGAUGUUCCUCAUGUCUUACUGGUCUGUGAAUCGCUCCACCUCCGAAGGGGUGGAGGCCCUCCGGAUGGCUUUGCACACGCUCCGCAUGAUGGCGCUGGGCGGCAUCCACGACCACGUGGCUCAGGGUUUUCAUCGCUACUCUACAGAUUCCUCCUGGCACGUUCCCCACUUUGAGAAGAUGUUGUACGACCAGGCCCAGCUGGCUGUAGCCUACAUAGCUGCCUCCCAGGUAUCAGGUGAGCAGCUCUUUGCAGAUGUGGCUAAGGACAUACUGCUCUACGUCUCCAGAGACCUGAGUGACAAGUCCGGAGGCUUCUACAGUGCCGAGGACGCAGACUCCGUCCCGGCGUCGGGGGGUCCAGAGAAGCGCGAGGGGGCGUUCUGUGUCUGGACCGCCUCAGAAGUUCGAGAGCUGCUGCCGGAUGUGGUGGAGGGCGCCACAGGAGCUGCCACGCAGGCAGACAUCUUCGCGCACCACUACGGGGUCAAGGAGCAAGGCAACGUCGCUCCGGAACAGGACCCCCACGGGGAGCUGCAGGGCCAGAACGUGCUGAUCGUGCGUUACUCGGUGGAGCUGACGGCCGCUCGCUUCGGCCUCAGCGUGGAAAGAGCCGAGGAGCUCCUGGCCGAGGCCCGGGGCCGGAUGGCCAAAGCCAGGGAGGCUCGGCCACGCCCACAUCUGGACACCAAGAUGUUGGCCUCCUGGAACGGUCUCAUGCUGUCUGCCUACGCCACUGUGGGAGCCGUGCUGGGGGACAAGGCCUUGCUGGAGAGGGCGGUGCAGGCGGGCAACUUCCUCAGGGAGCACCUAUGGGACGCCGAGCGGCAGACUAUGUUCAGGUCCUGUUACCGUGGAGACGAGAUGGAGGUGCAGCAGAUAUCUCCGCCCAUCUCCGGCUUCCUGGGCGACUACGCCUUCGUCGUCCGCGGCGCGCUGGACCUGUACGAGGCCACGCUGCAGACGGAGUGGCUGCGCUGGGCCGAGGAGCUGCAGCUCCGGCAGGACGCGCUGUUCUGGGACCAGCAGGGCGGAGGCUACUUCUGCAGCGACCCCAGUGACGGCACGGUCCUGCUGCAGCUCAAAGAGGAUCAGGACGGCGCUGAGCCCAGCGCUAACUCUGUGUCGGCGUCCAAUCUCCUGCGUCUGUCCCACUACUGUGGCCGACGGGAGUGGCUGCAGAGGUCCCAGCAGCUGCUGGCAGCGUUCUCCGACCGUCUGACCCGGGUGCCCAUCGCGCUGCCUGAAAUGGUCCAGGCCCUCAUGGCCGAGCACUCUGAGCUUCAACAGAUCGUGAUCUGUGGCCAGAGGGAUGCCCCGGACACCAGCAGUCUUCUAGCAGCAGUCCACUCCCUCUUUCUACCCCAUAAGCUUCUGAUGCACACCGACGGCGACGCAGACGGCUUCCUCCACGAGCGGCUGCCCGUCCUCUCCUCAAUGUCCCGCCCAGAGGGCGGGGCCACAGCCUACGUGUGCCAGGACUCCACCUGCUCUCCCCCGGUCACCGACCCCCAGGAACUACGCAGGCUACUGCUGGAGAGACGGGCAGAAUGACCCCGCAGAACGCGACGAGCUGAGAUGAACCGCGAGGGCAACGCGCUUCGCACAACGCGUAGAAAGCCAACAUGCUACAUUGGUAGAACCAGGAGGUCACUUGGGCUUCUGUCCUUCAAUCCAAACUCCCACUUCUCAGCUGGUUUUUACCUCCAAGGUGACUUUUUUUAGAGACCUUUCAUCAGUGGAGCCAUAUUCAAAUUCAGGUAUCUAAAUAUCCUUAAUGUAAAUAAAUAUGUAUCAAUAAAACAGCGGCGGCUUGCUGAGAAUAUUUAACACAUGUACAAAAUGUACCCCGGGUCUACAGACUCGUGAUGGACAACAAGAGCUCUUGGAAAAGUUGGACUGGCACCGAUCCCCCCGCCAGUGUGCGUGCGUGCAGGUGUGUGUAUAUAAAAAUGAGGGUCGGUCAGCAGGGUUGUACGUAUACAUGCGCAUCAAAGUUUUUGUGCACAUUUGAUUUCAAUCUCGAAGUAACGUCGCAGCGAAGGAGCCGCUCUCCCAGGAUCCCCCGUUUACCAUCUGCUCUCAGCCGCGCUGUCUCCGAGUCAACGUGAGAGGAAUCUUCUCCGCCGCUGCAGAGACUCGUGGCUUUUAUCUCGAGGUUUACUGCAAUGCACAGCAUGUAUACGCACAGCCCUGAAUAAUAAAUAGAUUUCCCUUUAAUGCUUCUUUUCUGUUUGCAGUUUGGAUUCUCUGGUUGUCAUGAAGCAAGGCUUUAGUGCGAUUUACUCAAACGCACUGUUUUAAGUUCAGUCUUUUUAGUUUUAAGACUUCAGGGAUACUAAAAGAAAAGGCACUAUGUGUUGAAUCUUUUACAUUAUUAAUAAAAUGUUCUUUCUCUCUGUGUACUAUAAAUAUUCAUCACGCAGAGAAAAGCCCACUGUUGUUCUACUGGUUCUUUCUUCCCUGCAUGAAGGUAAUGUAAACAGGGUGGGGGGGCUGCCUUGGAGGGUCCCGCUCUGAAAAGCAAAAGAGAAGACGGGUGGAGAAACAAACGUGAUUGCCCCCCCCCUCUCCAUUUUGCACAGGGCUUCCUCUGUGGAAGAAGAAGAAAUUGCUAAGAGAGGAAACCGGGGCUGAAGGGGAAGAUUGACGCGUGUAGUUCAGAAGGAGAGGGAUCACUCUGCUCCACUUUUCUUAACCCGUCAGGUUGUAACUAUCGCACUUUCUGACACAUUUGGGGCUCCUUCCACAUUGAUGUAACCCCCCCCCACCCCUCACCCUUUAAUCGGGACCCCUCUAUCCCUGUUGAGAGACUCUCUCGUCUCUCUGCAGCAGUACCUCACUGAAGCACCGCUGGCUUCUCAUGUAUUCAAUCUUUCUCUUCACCCGCACCGUUUGUUAUCGCCCCUCCUUUGGGAAUUCCACCCCUGCUCUCGUUAUUGUUCCGCUCUGGUUGUCGCAACGGGCUCCACAAGCUAAACUUUAAUUAGCACUGACGGAGAUUAAUGGUGGAGAACAUAUUGACCCGCUAAUUGUGAAGUCAUCUAACUGCCACAAAUCCGAGAAGAUAUGAGUGAUGACUUUAUCUGUGUGGCUGUUUUCAUUGCAAAAUACAAACGGCCAUCCUCGUGUUUGUACUGAAUAUUACUGAUAGUAACUAAUAUUACUACUGUGUGUAUGUUUAAACAAACCUAACCAAGUACACUGAAAAUAAAUAACUUUUACUUUCA